GUCAAAUCCAUUCCAAAAUGUCCCAAAGCUCUGUAGAAGAAUCCCAGAAACACCAAAAGAAAACUCUUCCUGUCUGGUCCUUGACUCCAGCUGAGGAAAAAGAACUAGAUCUCAGAUGGAAAGAACAGAGCAGCUAUCUCUGUCUGAAAUUCAACGAUGAUCUCAUCAAAUGCUUCAACGAAAAUCGAGCCUUGGGUCCAUUUGUGUGCCGAAGUGUACAAAAGACCUUGAGGGGCUGUUUGAACCAGUACCGGACCUACGAGUUCUAUGAUAAGAUAAGAGAUGAAAUGAUUCAAGAGAAGAUCGACACCUUGUUGAACUCUGAAGACUAGAUCCUAUUGUCUUUGGAACCAUUGAGAGAUUAUCAAGAUAUCAUCAAGAGGCUAUCAAAAGGCUAUCAUGAAGCCUCAGUAUUAUCACCACCCCUACAAACGUGUAAAUAUCAUAUGCAAAUUCCCUGGACAUCCAACACCCAUAUGUAUCUUCUUAUAUAAAUACAGCUUUUCCUUAUGCUCUUGAUUUUUUCUUUCUUCUUUAUUAUUUUUUUGGUUCCGAUUCGACUCAAUUUCUUUUAUAUUUAAUACAUACAAAAGUAAUCCAUAGUAUACAGCUCACAAUGUCAUCCAAGUCGAGAUUAGGAGCAGGCUUAUCGAUUUUUGAGUCGUCUUAUUUUCAACAGUCGAUGGACCCCUUUGUUGAUGUCGUUUAUCCAACCAUCUCUGCUUUACAGAAAGUAAUUGCCUAUGUUUUGAAAUCCUUCUCAUUGAAUGGCAUUAUCGA